AUGGUUACGCCUGGAGCUGAACACAAGGAGAAGGCUUCUCCAGAAACCAUUGCCAAAUAUACUCUAACCAUGCUUAGAAGAAGAGUCCCUGCUGCUGUCCCACGAAUCAGUUUUUUGUCAGGUAGACAAUCCGAAGUAGAAGCAACACUAAAUCUCAAUGCAACGAACCAGAGUCCCAACCCAUGGCAUGUUUCUUUCUCAUAUGCACGAGCUCUGCAGAACACCGUGCUUAAGACUUGGCAAGGACGCCCUGAGAAUGUGGAAGCUGCUCAGAAGGCUCUUUUGGUCCGCGCUAAAGCAAACUCCUUGGCUCAACUUGGAAGAUACUCUGCCGAGGGUGAAAGUGAAGAGGCGAAGAAGGGAAUGUUUGUCAAGGGCUAUACCUACUAGAAGUUUGU